AUGACGAUGUUUGUCCCUCCAAAAAAUCGUUGCCUUGAAAUGUGGGAAGGUCCUAGGACGGGAGUUCUGGGCGCAAUAGAUUUCUUUGGUGCAGAUGAGGCAAGAGCAUUCAAUUCGAAGAUCAAAGAUAUAAUUAAAAAUUAUAAAGAUGUCUAUAUUGAUCUUCCUCCACGUACCAAUAUUCUCUCAACUGAUAAUAUACAAAAAAGUAUAGGUCGAAAUUCUGUAAAACUGUUGAGUCGAAUAGUUCAAGAUUUAAGGAUGAUCAAGAGUGAUUCCGAAAUAGCAUUAAUGAGAAAGGGCGGUGAAAUUACUGGCAAAGCAUUUAUCCAAACGAUGAAAUUCACAAAACCAGGAUUGUCAGAACAUGACUUAUAUGCUAAAAUAGACUUUGAAUCUCGCGUUCGAGGUGCACAGUCUCUCGCUUAUGUUCCUGUAGUCGCGGGAGGGAUUAACGCGCUAACAAUGCAUUAUGUGAGGAAUGAUAUGCCAUUACGGGAUGGUGAUCUUGUUUUAUUGGAUGCAGGUGGCGAAUACUAUGGUUACGCAAGCGAUGUUACUAGAACAUGGCCUGUAAAUGGAAAAUUUACACAAUCUCAAAAGGAGUUAUAUGAAGCAGUUUUGAAUGUGAACAGGAAAUGCAUCAAGCUUUGUACAGAAGCAGAAGAUAUCUCCUUGAACGGAAUACAUGAAAUGUCGAUUGAGUUCAUGAAAGAAGAACUAUUAAAUAUUGGAUUUGAUCUUACCGAAGGGGAUGUUGAUCGCGUUUUAUACCCUCAUCACAUUGGUCAUUAUCUUGGGCUGGAUGUUCAUGAUACUCCUUAUAUAGAUCAACCCGGUAUAUAUGUUCCACCUAAUGAUGCAUAUCCCAAGAGAUACCACGGUAUAGGGAUACGCAUUGAAGAUAAUGUUGUAGUUGGAGCUACAGAUCCUAUUGUAUUAAGUUCAACGGCACCUAAGGAGAUUGUUGACAUUGAAUUUUGUAUGGCUAAUUCAUGA